GAGAAGAACAAAAUUUAUUUUCACCUAUGGCAACAGGAAAACAGUCUGAGGGGUCCCUGAAUAUCAUCAAGUUGAGGGGUGGCUUUAGGCUGUUGGUUGUUAUUGGUUGUACAAGUCUGUUUGCUAUUCCUCCACCUACCUGCUUUGACCACCGUUUCAAGCAUCUUAAAAAUUCCCGUACUUUCCCCUGCAUUUUUGCUUAAAGAUCUGCAAUUAAAUUCACAUGCCUCUGUGCAUUAGGUUUUUCUUUUGGUUGGUAAAGUAGGCACGUGCUCUGUCACUCGUCAUCAGGCGUCUUUAAAAGCCUGCGGUAUUAACUGCAAAGCGCCUUGGAAGAGAUUUGCGGCCGAAGAUAUUCUCUAUAGUAUGGGUGCGCCCUGGGGGGGGGGGGGGAUCUAAAAGGAACCCUUCCCACAUUCAGAUUUACAGUACUGUACUAAUCUCUCUUCUCUCUAUGCCACCUUCCCAUGCCACCUCUCUAGAAGCAGCAGCGCCCCCUUUCCCUUUGUUUUGCUUGCGAUCGCCUUCCGUAAACAAAGAAAAGCAGGAGGCGAGCCAGCCCAAGGCCGCUCGGCCAGCCUCGGCAGCGCCGGAGCCUAGAGGGCAGUGUGAGCGCCGCCGCGGCCGCAGCCUGGAAAGGCGGAGCGGCAGGAACUGCUAAGGCGAGGCGUUUUUGACAUCAGUUCCUCUGGCUGGAAGCGGGGGGGUGGGAAGAGUUUUCUUCCCGAAAAUGCCACAAGUAGAAAGCGGCGAGCCCCGGGCGGCUGCCCUGGGGCAGGAGGCGGCGAGCGGGCGCGCCCGGUGAGGGUCUGCUGCUGCCGGCGGCGCCUUCGAGGCUGCGCGCCUCCUCUUUUCCCCUCCUGGGAGCGAAGGAGAUUCAGUUAGUGGCGGCGGCAGCAGCAGCGACGUCAACUCCGGCCCCGCUCGCCGUCGCACCCAGCAUGAGCGGCGGCGGGCGCUCGGGCGCCCGCGUGGCCGUGAAGAUGGAGGUGGCCCCCUUCUACGGCGAGGACGGGCUGGAGCUGCUCCCGGACUUCGUGCAACUGCCGGGCUUCGCGGGCGGGCCCGGCGCAGCGGGACCUGCGGGGCUGGAGCCGGCCGAGGAAAGCGCGGCGGACCAACAGCACAAGCUGCUCCUGGCCGGGAAGAAGCAGCAGCAGCGGGACUUGGUGGCGGCGGCGGCGGCCACCCCCGGCGCUGCCUUGCCGCCAACCGGUCCCUUCACCUCGCUGCGCCCCCGGGGCGGCACCAGCAACGCCGUGCACCGCCUGAUCGCCGACGCGCCCGGAGUCGGCCAGGAGGUGGGCUCGGGCGUGCUGCAGCCUCUGUUGAAGCUGCCGGCGGCCGCCGACCUCGAGCAGCUGCUGAUCCAAGCGGGCAGCCCUGGCCUGGCCGGUCCGGCCAGCCCCGGCGGCGGAGGGCCUUCGGUGGUGGCGGCGGCGGCGGCCGGGGGCUCCUUCUUGUACCGGUCUCCGCAGCCCUCGGCCCAGCAGCAGGCGGUGACGCAGGAGCAGGAGGGCUUCGCCGACGGCUUCGUGAAAGCCCUGGCCGACUUGCACAAGCAGAACCAGCUGCUCGGCGUGUCUCCGGCGCCCCUCUCGCCCACCGCCCACCCGGGGGGCCCCUGCUGCCCUCCGUCCCGCCAGGAGUCGCCCGCCGUCUACACCACCUUGGGCGGCUUCAACCCGGCCAGCCCGUCGGCCGGCGGCACUUUUUUCCCUCCCCAAGUCGUGGCUCGCCUUCCAGCGCCCGGCUCGACGGGCAGAGCUUUGGAGGAGCCGCAGACGGUGCCGGAGGCGGCCGUGGUGUCGGUUCCUCCUCCUCCUCCGCCACCUCCGGCGCUUUCGUCCGGAGACUCGCCGCCGCCGGCCUCCUCCUUGUCCCCGCUGGACGCCGAGAGUCAGGAGCGCCUGAAAGCCGAGCGCAAGAGGCUGCGCAACCGCAUCGCGGCCUCCAAGUGCCGCCGGCGCAAGCUGGAGCGCAUCGCCCGCCUGGAGGAGAAAGUCAAGGCGCUCAAAGGGCAGAACGCCGAGCUGGCCGCCACCGCCAGCCUCCUGCGCGCCCAGGUCACCCAGCUGCAAGGCCGCGUCCGGAGCCACCUCUCCAGCGGCUGCCACAUUAACGCCGCGGCGGCGGCGGCCCCGACGCAGACCUCGGCGGCAGCUAGCCAGCCCCCCGGCAGAGAAGGACCCGCAGAACCGGAGACCAGCGCUUGCUGAAGCCGCUCGACCGUCCCGCGACGGGGAGAGAUACCGAGGCGCGCACAAGCCUGCCUUGCGUGGCAGAGCGGGAAGGAUGACCCCUUGAUGGUGGCGAACCUUCAGUUCCCUCUUCUUCGGUUCCCAAAGGUGCCAUUCGGUCAUCGGAGGAGCUUGGCGAACGGAUGGGUGAAGAGGUUCCUCUCCCACACGCCCCCUAUGCACCCCUGUGCCCCCUUACCAGCUCCAAAGGGAGCCCCAAGAGCCAGAGAGAAACGCGGCGUAGUGGGAGGUGGGGAGGGAGAAGAAAUGUGGGGAGCAACAGUCUCUGCUCCUCAAGGGACAGGAUGGGACAACAGGCGCUUUGGACAGCCAGGGAAUGUUGUUUACUCCGGAAACAAAACUUUUAACAAGUACUCUUCAGUCGAAACCAAUUUGAGAUCAUUUCCAGCAUCGAUAGCUUUCCUGCCAAGUCGUGAAAGUGACGCUGAAGUGAUUAAUAACCAGAUUGUGGUGUUUGAGUUUUUCUUUCAGGAGCACAGGUCAGGUGCGCAGACAUCAAGGCGAAGGAGGGUGUGUGAAGCUGCAGCAGUUGAUGCCAUUCUGACAGUCCCCAGUUACAUCAGGAAGCCCGAGGCUGGUGAUCUUCAAAAACAAACUCCAGCUUGAAAAUGUGCUCACUUUUCUAGCUUCUCCAGCUCAAAACAAAUCUGAAAAGCUUUGCAGAUCAGACACAGAAAAAAACAAAACCAGAUUGUUGCUGGAAGUCCAAAGAUCUCUUCAAUGAUCCCACCUGAGCUUAUGGUGUGGGCAGAAGUUGUCUUUGUUGAGGACUAUAUAUUUUAGAGAGUCUUGAAUUUUUUUUAUUAUUUUUGUGGUGGAAGGUGAUUAGAGUCAACCUGUAUAGCUUUUUCUUCAAGUUGCCAGGGAUUGUUUAAAAAAAAAUCCAGUAUUUUUUGGCUGCAGGCUUAUUUAUUUAUUUCUUUAAAAAGGCUUUAGAUUUUCUAUGAUGGGGUGCUAAUUGUUUGGUAUGGGGCAUGUAUGUCAUGCAGAUUGCUAGGUGUUUUGAUAAGAGCGGUAAUAUUUUUAAAAGAUACAAUCCUUGCAGUUUGACACGGGGUAGUUUUGUGAAAUGUUUCUCAAGAAUUUGGGAUGGUCGUAGCUAAUACAGGGCUUGUCAAGUCUUAUGUACAGAGAGAUAACUUAUUAUUUUCCUGCUGUAGAAGUUUUAUAGAAUUGCUCAGACUUUGAGAGAGCCAAAAUGUAAUUGUUUAGGAAGAUACUAUAAAUAUUAUAGACGAUAUGGCAGUGUAGUUUUUCUUGGUGUAGUAAUGGAAAGUCUAAAAAUGAUUACCGUAGUUGCUGUGAGAAUGUUUUGGUUGAAUUUCUGAUGCUGGAUAAUUUGCUCAUCAUGAAUGAGUAGUGCUAAAGUACAGCAACAGAAGAUGAUGUGCCACACAAAACUAUUUAUUUAAAAAUUAGUGUUUUAAGAAGAUUGUGGGGUUUUUUCUAGACUUAUGAGCUCCAUUUUAUUUCUUGUGCCAGCACAAAUCUGGGACAUUGAUAGGCUUAUUUAUUGAAAUGCUUUGGAAUGUCACAUUUUAUUUUUAUAAUGUGCAGAAUGAUAAAAGAAAUGGUUUUGGAAGAGUAAAUAUCAGAUGAUUUAUCCUUCAUGGUGCACAUUCCAGCUGUAAUUGCUCUGUAUGGAAGUAUAGUAGCUGAGGCUGCAGUCCUAUGCCCACUUACUAAAGACUAAGUCCCAUUGAACUCAGUGGAGCUUGCCUUUGAGUAGACAUGUCUAGGGUUGCACUGCCACUUCUAUGCAGAAAAGGCUUGGUUUUUUAAAAAAAAAAUAGAACAAUUCUAUUGUACUGUGUUUUGAAUAACACAUAGAAAUGUGGGUAGUUUUUCUUCCAAGAACAGUGUAUAAGCUAUUUUAUUGCAGUUUCCAUUGUAAAUAUUUUCUAGUUCUCAGUGUGUCUGGCUGUUAACCAGAAGGUUGGUGGUUCAAGUCCACCCAGGGAUGGCUGUGGGCAGGAUUCCUCCACUGCAGGGGGGUUGGACUAGAUGACCAUCCUGACCCCUUCCAACUUCCAAUUCUGUGACUUUGUGAUUCCGGGUGGGAGGAGGAAAGAGAAGUUUGAAGUCUUUGAGGUUUGUUUUAAAGUGGGAUCAGUAAAAAGAAACUGUUGCCUGUAAUUUGUUUAACUGAGAGUUUUGACAGUUUUCUGAUCAAAGUGUGCCGUGCAAAAUCUCCUCCCCGUCCCCAGUUGUAUAGAGCAUAGUUUGGCUGCUUCUCAAAAUGCAGUUUUAUUGUUUCUGUGGUUUAUUUUAAACUUGAGCUCUUGAUAUAACAAUCGUUGCCUGGAUAUAACAUAUGAAUAGCUUGUGGCAGUGUAUAUAUAUUACUUUCCAUAAGGCAGUACUGUGACAACCUUGCUUGAGAAAUAAUGAUAAGCAGAUAUCAUAGAUUGUAUUACACAGUACCAUUUCCAUGCUUUGGAGAGCUUUUUGGAGCGAUGCUUUGCAUAUCUACUUGGAAGUAAGUCUCAGUAAGUUAAGUCAAGCUUAUUCCCAAGUUAAGUACGCAUAGGAUUGCAGCUCCAACUUAAUGACAUCAGGAGCUUUUUGUAUUUGGAACCAUAAUGCUGCAAAUAUGUGAAAUAACCAGUCUUAUCCUUUUAGAAAUGGAGAAACUUGGAAGAAAGCUUAAUUCAUUUGAUCAGUCCAUCUUGCAUUAAUUGCCAGAGUUUCAUCAAUAUGGCAGAAAAAGUACUUGAGCUUGCAUACUCUUAAAGGAUAAUAUGGCAAAGGUGGAGACUUUAUAGCAGUGCCUUAAGUGUGAGGGAUGCAAAUUAAAUAACGAGUUGUACUAAAGGUAUCACCUUAGCUGGGACCAGAGCAGCUCCUACAUUUACAUAGUUGAAAAUGCCCGAUGAUGUUACAAUGUUUUUUCUCAGGUGGGUUCUAAUCUGGAAUAUUAAAUCUAAGGGAAAAAUGCUCAGGCUUAGAUAAAUCACGGUUGUUGCUGCUUCUCAAAUGUACCUGGAAGUUGCAUGUUUCUUGCAAUUUGUUUCUUAACUUUUCUCAUAAGGGUACAUAAUAACUCUGGCUGUCUCAGAGGUUGGAGCUGGAACCUACGUUUUCUUACCUGUUGCGAUUGAUGGGGCUGCAUGCUGCAUCAUUUCUGCCAAAAGCGUAUUUUGCUUCUUGAAAUAUAUGCAGUGUUCUAGGUUGUUCACCCGUUUUGUAGCCUUUUUGCUAUCUGCCUCGUAUUUGUAUUAAAGGCUGUUGUUUUUCUACAAGUACCAGUCAUCCUGUCAGUGUCCCUGCAAGCCUGUUUAAAUGCAGUGCUGUUCAUGACUGAACAUUUUACUUUCUGACCCACCAAUAGAAUUCCUCUCAUUCCCCAGCCUCAGAUGCAUUCAAAACCAUUCCAUGUUGUGGUCUGUCCCUCUCCUCUCACCCACCCAGUUCUGAGAAUUUCUCUCUCUCUCUUUUUGCAGAGGUGAGUUAGUACCUGAUUGAUCAUUCCUUUAAAAUGCACUUUUCUCAUCUGAAUCCACCUUUCCACCCCUUUCUGCUUGCUCUUUUGUGUGCAUGUAUUAUAGCAAGUCUUUGGUUUGCUUUCUUUGGCUCCUGCACGUUGGAUCAUUUUAAGAAUACCCACCAGAUACACACACAGGCAUGCACACACAAAAUUCCAGGCUGAUUAGUACUCACCUGCAUUAGCACUUCAUUGGGCAAAUAUUCCAGUUUCUAGUGAGCUUGCUGAUCCGGGUGAUGUCCAUUGUUGAACUGGCAUGGCACUUUCUGUCAGUGAAAAAGGCGAUUUAAAGGGACUGUAAACCUUUUUCCUUAAGUAGAGGGAGGGCAGCUGGUUUUCCUGCACACUUACAUAGCCCACAUGAACACUCAGGUAGUAACUCGCAUGGUUGUGUGUCUAGAGGAGCUGACUAAUUUGUUGCUAACUUAGUGAGUGACGAUGUGUCACAACUCCUACCCAAUUCCUCUUUUUAACACACUGGUGGUAUAGGUCUGGCUCUCAAAAUAUUUUUUUCUAUCAUUGGGUGGAAGCUCGUGUUCAGGUGUGAACUCGAUCUUCAAAAACAUAACAUGGUGGUUUUUUGGUGGACCUAGAUGCUCGUAAUGGCGCGUGAUUUUAUAGCAAGUAGGUUCUUCAGCUACAAAAAAAAUGAAUCGCUGGGUAAAAUGCCAACUAUCUGAAUGGUGGUGGCGCUUUCCAUUUUUAACCAGUGCUGAACUGUUGCCAUAAAUACUAGUAGGGUGGUGUUUUUCAUUUUGAAGUACUCGAAAGCAGAUCUGCACUAAGUGACAUCUUAAAUACAAUGGGCAGAUGUUGACGGCACUUAAGUUUCCAUUGAUUUAAACAUGUUCUCAACUCUGCCACUGAAAUCAGUGGUGUAUGAAAGUACUAAUUUUUGCUGAAACAACUUCUGGAUUUUUAUAUUAUAGCCAGAAUAUAUUUUAAUAGCAUUUGCCUGGAGAGGAAGAAUAUAUAAAGCACAAAGUGAUGUAAGUGAGGCUUAUUUUUGCUUUCUGCUGCAGAUUUGAAUCCAUUCUUAGUUAUACACUGUGGCUAAUUGUGAAGACGGAAUUGAAUGUUGAAAUGGCCUAGCUCAGAGGAAGCAAACUUAAAAGUGAUUUCUGUUCAUUUCAGUUGGGGUUAAAAAUAAUGAACACUGUUUAGUAAUGAUACCCUGAAUUUUUUUAAUCUGUUCCUUUGCGGCAGAGACACUUGAUUUGAUCAGUAGCUAUAAUUUCAUAGAUUACUAAUGCAUAUGUUUCCAAUCCAACAUUUGGAUGCAGUCAUUCCAAGCAAGUCUGUCUGCAUGAUUUUAAAGUGGUAUUCUAAGAUGUGUAGGUUUUAGAUUUAAGACUCCAUGAUUCCUAUGCAUGCUUAAUCCUAGAAAUGCUGAUCAGCAAAGCUGCAGCCUUUUGUGGUCAUGCAAGACCUGGUCUCGUAACUAGAAGAGUUGUGUGGGAAUGAGAGAAUUAACCUUGUGUGAGUUAAGCAUGAAAAAAUAGACUACAUGUAUUCACACUAGUUUGAGUUAUAUCGUCAGUCCAUGUUCUAGGUAUCCUGCUGAUACGAUCGCAAGCAAGCUAACCUGCCAUGCCGGGUAAGGAGUCAUUUCAGAUAUUCUGGUUCUAAUUGCUUGCAAAUGUUUAAACAGUGGAUAAUAUCUAAUAAUAAUAAUAACAACAACAACAACAACAACAUCCAACUAAGUCACACUUGUCCAUUGAUUUCAGUAGGUCUACUCCUGAGUGUGAUUUCAUUGUCCUGUAUAUUACAUCAGAGGAUAAAAACUUGCUGCAGUUACUGAAUGAUGCCUUCUGUUAGCAUACUGUAAUCCCUGUUUUCCGUAAUCUGUUUACUAUUUCCCAUAGUAGAUAGUACCGGCAGUGGGCAAGUGUGGUGGAGCAAAGGCAUUUACCUGACUGCCCAGAACAGGCAUAGGCAAACUCGGCCCUCCAGAUGUUUUGGGACUACAAUUCCCAUCAUCCCUGACCACUGGUCCUGUUAGCUAGGGAUGGUGGGAGUUGUAGUCCCAAAACAUCUGGAGGGCUGAGUUUGCCUUUUGCCUGGCUCAGAAGGUGAGCCGCCGUUACAUUCUGGGAGUGGCGAUGGUGCAACUGCUGGUGCAUUUGCUCUGCGCUGCCCUCCCGGUUAAUGGCAGCGACUCAUCUGCCGGGAAGUCGGGCGAGUGCUUCCAUCCCACUAUGCCGUAUGCUGCUGAAUAGCAUUCACUGUAAGUUGUCUGUUGCAUUACGGUUUUGUUUUUGUUUUGUUUUUCAAAGUAGGCAUGCUGAGACCCAGUAAUAGAAAACAGUAAAACAAAUGGGGACCCUGCUUGGUCUCUGUCAGCUGCCUCCAAAAUAAUCGCAUUCCUGAUAAUCCUUAGCAGUACAAUAGUGAAUUAUUGUAUGGCACCUGUACCAAACUGCUUUGAAGCAGGUUAAGAUGAAUGGCUUGAUCUGGAAUGCUGUAAACGUGCAUGUUACUGUGAGAAGAGCAUACAUGUGACCUUUUUUGUAGCUUUUGUCCUCGAGUCCUACCAAACUUUUUGUGGGCAUGUUCAGGGAGGCAGGAGAGGAUAUAUUGUUGAUUACUAUCCUUUCUAAUUUGUGCUAGCAAGUUCCUUUACUUAUCAGAGUUUCAGAUUCCCCUUUUAAACGUAGCUGGUUGCAGGCUUGUGUAAGCCUUUCACUAUCAGGUUCCUGGUAAGUUCCCUUAUAUCCCUCUUAAAAGAAUAAAAACACGACAAUCUUAUUUAAUGUCAAUAAAAGUUUACUCACAUCAUCAGUUCACAGUUGGAUCCCUGAAGGCAGACUUAGUUACAAGUAUAUAAAUGUGGACCUACCCCAUAUGGGGUAUUAAUCCCAGUGACUGCAAGCUAGCAGUCACUGCAGUUCACACAAUGAAAGGAAGAUGGAAGAGACAGAGUGUGGCAGCAUGCCUUGUCCUUUCGUUACCUGAACAGGUAAGGUCACACCCACCUCUAGUCACAUGCAAAGGAAGGAUGCCCGAGCCAGGAGGAAACAGGAAGUUUUCGACUGGCUGGACCAAACAUUUCCCCGCAUGUCCACUCUAGGAGAACAAGGAAUGUUGUACUUGACUGCUACUUAUGUAUCACAUCCCACACUUUUCAUAUAAAAAGACUUCGUAACCCAACUGUAAGCAUAUUUGCUAUCACAAUCAAGUCCUGCUCAACUCAGAGAGGCAUUCUCUGAGAUAUGUGUGCAUAGGAUUGUAGUCUUUAGUUCAGGGAUGGGGAACCUGUGCCCUCCCUCGGCUGUCAGAUGUUGUUCGAUUCCCAACAGUCCCAGCCAACAUGGCCAAUGCGCAGGAGAAUGGGAGUUGUAGUCCAGCACGCACCUAAAGAGCCACAGGCUGCCCACACCUGCUUGAGAGUUUUCAGCAUAGGGACAGGAAGACUUGAAUCACUGGGAUGAGUUCAAGUAAGAGUUGUACAGAUUAUUGAUGGUGAGCAAAUGAGUUGCUAUCCACUCACCAUUAGAAGAAUAUACAGGUAGAACCCUAUAUAUACUGGAGGCUAUAUAUGUUGUUGGGUAGACUGGGUUUGGACUGGAAGUACCUGGGUUCAAAUCUCAGCUUGGCUGUGAUGGUGCUCUCUGGAUGACUCACUGUAUUUCAGUCUAACUUACCUCUCAAGAUUUUUGCAAGGAUUAAAAGGAGUAAACCUCACGUACACCUCAGUGAGUGUUUUGAAGCAAUGGUAGGCUACAAGUGUGAAAGAGAAUUGUGUGAGCCAGCACAAUUUAGUCCCCUUGCACUAAAUUAGAUCAAGGGAUGUUACAUCUCACUGAGAUGACAAGGUUUUUUUUUUUUUUUAGAGUUCUGCCAAACAGUAUUUCUUCCAAGAAGGAAAGACUAUUGAGGGAGCAGUUGUUCAUGCUACAUUUUUUUCAGGUGAUGCUGAAAGUCUGAGUAUCUUUGAAAAAUGCAAUUUUCUGCACUGUUGACUUGAACACUGUUGCCAGUCAUUUCAUAUAGAUUCUUCGGACUGGGUCUUUCACAGACAUCUUUCAACUUAAUCAUAGCAGUUGAGAUAUAGCUUGGAUUCUGUCACUUUGUAUUAUGUUGUUAAAGUGGGGUUCCUAAUUGGUGCAUGAGCUUCAUUUUAAUGAAUUUCAGUAAAAGAGUUGCUAUAGAUACUGUAUAACAGACGUGUUCCUAAACAUCAGUUAAGGUUUUACAUUCCGGUACCAUAAUAUCUGCCCGAAAUGUUGCCAUUUAUCACAGCUUGUGUGCUGGCACAAAAGCUGACAUGUCUCAUCUUGAGAACUUAAGGGUUCACAGCAAGCUUUAGGAUAAGGUCUUUAGGGCCAAUUUUAUAACUCAGAGGAAUCAAAUGGCAAAGCUUUUUGAGAAUUGUGCCUCUUCAGGCUGCAGGUUGGGGGCUGUGUGUUUGAAUGCUCUUGUGUGUGAGGAGAAAACCUUGCAACUAAGAAGGAGCAUACCGGGAACAAGUAUUCAGCCUAAUCUUGACGUUCUCUUUGUGAAAUUAACUUUGCUAACCUGUGGCCCUUUGUAUGGUGUCGGACUUCAGUUCCCACCUUCUUUGGGGUAGAAAGCAGUCAGAGUCCAACAGGGGACCAUUGGUAAGCGAUCCCUGGAGAAUAGAGCAGUGUAGCCCUCUCAGGUUGUUGGUCUACCACUUCAUGGCUUAGUACUGCCUAGAAUUUUGGAAAAUUUGAUUUAGCUACGAAAACUAAAGUGCUUGAUAAUUAAUUAUUGAAAAUCUGAGCGGGUUUUUUUUUGCGGGAGGGGGCAGUGUUAUUGUAGGUAUCACCUUGACUUUCCUUAUGAAGUGUUUCUCUCCCUCUCUAUUGAUUUCACUACCGGUGAUUUUUCAUUGUUACCUAAGCUUAGCCACGGUAACCCCAUAUUGAAAUGUACUCAAGUGAAGUAUUAGUUUAAAUGCAAUUGAGACAAGACAGUUUUAUUGUUAUAGCAAAACCUAGGUUGAUGGGUGGGUCCUGUGUCUUUAAUCAAAUGCACCCUUUUCAUAUCUUCCUACUAUAUUACAGUGGUACUUUGGUUUACGAACUUAAUCCAUUCUGGAAGUCCAUUCUUAAACCAAAGUGUUCUUAAACCAAGGCGUGCUUUUCCACAGCAGCAGGGGACUCAGUUUACAAAUGGAACACACUCAACAGGAAGCGGAACAUGUUCUGCUUCUGAGGCAAAGUUCACAAACCAAAACACCUACUUCCGGGUUUGCAGCAUUCUUAAUCCAAGUUGUUCAUAAACUAAGCUGUUCUUAAACCAAGGUACCACUGUAUACAGUUUCAGAACUAAAGGUUGUAAAAGGGGGAAUGAAAUGGUUUUUAUAGUUUCUGUAGAAUUAUAUAUUGAUGUCAGAUGUUGGCUAGCUGCCCACCUGAUUUCCCAACCACACUGUAAAUCCCAAAAGCGGUGGAUGCUGAUAACUGCAGAGUGGUGUCCCUACUUUGGGGGAAAGCGAUGAGAGGUGGCACAGGAAUUGCCAACCCAGUGACUGCCCAGUGAUCGGUGGUUGUGGCAUUGGAGUAGCUGGCAUGCUCCCAUCCGUAUUAGGGGAGGGAUACUCCAAUCGUCUCUGUGCUGGAGCUCCAGGUUCAAUGACCAAAACACUAUUUUCACCUCUUCAUUUGGUAAUUGACCUGUGUAACGGUAAACUUGGCUUUAUUAUUUACUUAAAUGGGUUGUCCUCUUGAGAUACACCUGCACAUCCAAGGGGAGCAUUCCAUAGCUGUAUGGCGAAAUUAAGAAGUUCUCUCAACCCUUCUUUCAAAACAACAGCUUGUAACUAUCCUGUGUUGCAAACAUAUAUAACUUCCAGGCUUGUAAGGUUUAUGAGGUGACUGUCCUGAGGCCCUCCAGACGCUGAACUGCAUGCCCCAUAACCCCCAACCAUUGGCUGUGCUGGCUGGGGCUGAUGGGAGUUGUAGUCCAAUAGGAUCUGGAGUGUCACAGGUUAGCUGUCUCUGGCUUAGGUGUAUGGGGAAAACAGCAUUUCGUCAGUGGGGGCAGUGUUAGAAACUCAGAUAUAUAAGCUUGGUGUCAAAUGGCUCCUGAAACCAGGUUUACAGUCGCCAAAAUGGAAGGCCUGGUUGCCAUUUUUUGUUUCAGUGUGACUUUUUGGUUCCUGAAAUUCAUUCUGAUUGUGCAACUGAAAUAUAACGGAUAGAAUUCUACAGGAUGUGUUGCUGGUGUGUGAAAGCAGUCAAGAUCCAAGGAUCCCCAGGCAUGUGCUUCCAGAUGGUAGAGACGUCAGGCACAGACAUCUUCACUUGGUUGCAAGUAGCUGAUAAAAAGAUAAAGGGACCCCUGACCAUUGGGUCCAGUCGUGGCUGACUCUGGGGUUGCGGCGCUCAUCUCGCUUUAUUGGCCGAGGGAGCCGGCAUACAGCUUCCGGGUCAUGUGGCCAGCAUGACUAAGCCGCUUCUGGCGAACCAGAGCAGCGCAUGGAAACGCCGUCUACCUUCCCGCCAGAGCGGUACCUAUUUAUCUACUUGCACUUUGACGUGCUUUCGAACUGCUAGGUUGGCAGGAGCAGGGACCGAGCAACGGGAGCUCACCCUGUCGCGGGGAUUCGAACCGCCAACCUUCUGAUCGGCAAGCCGUAGGCUCUGUGGUUUAACCCGCAGCACCACCCACGUCCAGCCAGAUGUAAAAUGCUCUGUGAGGGGUGGGGGGUAUGCCCUGGGAAUGUGUCCCAAAGAAGGCUAGAAGCAGCUUAGGCAGGGUCAUUCUCAUACAGCCAGUUAUUGCACAGUAACAAAGUCCUCCUAAACAGAGAUACUAGUUCGAACGCUCAAGCCUAUGGGACAGCCAGCAUCUGCAAAAAGUUUCCUGUUUGCUAGUAGUAAUAGCAAAGAAGGAGGGAGUUCAGUUGCAAGAACAAACGCAAACUUUUACUUGCUGAGGUUAGAGGUCCUUGAAAAAUUGUGUUUUAACAGUUUGUUUGGACAAAUGAAUAAUUCACUGGAAAUAGGUGUUUUUUAUGAUGGCUUGCUGGGCAAUCUUGUGCAUGUCUACUUGAAAGUAAUUGGGUAUUACCUUGUAGUAACUUCAAUGGGAAUUUGCUCAAUUGGAGUUCUGCUUAGGUAAGUGUGUAUAGGAUUGCAGCAUUGCAAAGGUUAAUACCUAAGCUUUCAUUCAUGAUUUCUGUAUUGAGUGGUUGGUUUUUGACAAAGAAUGUGUUCAAACAAUUGAGGGUGGCAUGUGAACAUACAUAAAAUACAGGACUUAAUAAAAAUGUGCCCAGCACUUGCCCAUUGUGGCUUUUCAUCAUCACUGUUCAUAAAGCAUAGAACUAGAAGUUGUUAAAAUUGAUGAUUAUAGACAUAAAGUUUUUUUUAAAACUAAUACUUCCUCUUGACUAAAUGUACAGCUUGAUUUGUGUUGUGUUGUGUCGUGUGUGUGUGUGUGUGUGACUGAGGAGGUAAAAUGUUAUACCUCGGGAAUUGUCUAAUGGUUUAAAUCCAUGUUUACAAGAAUAUUCCCAAUUCCUACUGCCAAACAGCAGUCAGCUGCCUCCCCUCUUUUUCUGUCUCUUAUGAACUGAGGGUCGUGGAUGACUUUUAUUUUACUGUAUGGCAGGUAGAGAUUUUAGGAUGGUAAUGUUGGUCCUGCUGUUGUUGCAAACAGUGGGCCUUUUGCCAAUGACUUCGUGGGAACAGGAUCAAAUCUCCCAAACUUUAUGUUGAGCGCUUAAGACUAAAAGGCGACUUGCCUUGUAUGUGUAUCUGAUUGUAGUGGCUUACAUCAACAUUCUCUGGUUUUUAUCACGCUGUAGAUCUUUAAUAGAGACUGAAGUGAACAUUCUUAAGUGGGAGGGAUAGGCAUUCUGGAAUGUAGAACAUUCUCAUGCUGAAAUUGUUUACAUGAAAACAAAAGAUUACAUUUAUGACUUUGUAAUCGGCGAUGUGCAAUUUUGUACAUGUUGUGUUAAAACUAAGUUUAUAAGAUACUGUAUGUAUAAAUACUUGACUGAGUAUUUGAUAUAAAUAUCAGAACAUUAAAAUGGCUUUAUAUUCAU